CUGUUUUGUCUAAAAGCUGAUUGUGAUCAAACACUUCUCUUUAUUUCCUCCUUUACCUUGGUUGCAGUAUUUCAACAUAAAAACAAUGGAUUUGAUAAAGAUCCUUUUAAAGGUAAAACAAAAUGCUUUGUCAUAAUUGAAACUGUUGGGGCUUUUUUAUUUUGUUUUGUUUUUUUUUAAAUGGUAUCAGAGUGGCUAGUGAAAGGGUGCAGCUCUCCAUCUAUAUUUGCUGUUCGUUCAUGCUCAAACAGCUUUUUUGAAGCUUAGCUGCUAAGACCAGCAAAAGGUAAACUGGACUGAUAACUGUGCGCUGGUGAAAGAGAUGGAACGUUUCUUGGGCUUUGUGAAGCAGAUAAGAAGAUCGAGAAGAAGAAAAGGCAAAAAGUACCGACCCGAGGAGGAUUACCAUGAGGGCUAUGAGGAUGUCUAUUAUUAUGCUUCAGAGCAUUUUCGAAAUGAGAGUCCCUAUACUAAAUCUGCAAACCAGACAAAACCACCUGAAGGAGCAUUGGCUGUGAGGAGACAGAGCAUCCCAGAGGAAUUCAAGGGCUCAACAAUAGUUGAAUUAAUGAAAAAAGAAGGCACCACCUUAGGGCUUACGGUAUCGGGUGGAAUUGACAAGGAUGGGAAACCAAGAGUCUCUAACCUUCGUCAAGGAGGAAUCGCUGCUAGAAGUGACCAGCUGGACGUAGGAGACUACAUCAAAUCUGUGAAUGGAAUCAACCUGACAAAAUUUCGCCAUGACGAGAUCAUCAGCCUCCUCAAGAAUGUUGGCGAGAGGGUUGUUCUAGAAGUGGAGUAUGAGCUCCCUCCAGUCUCUGUACAAGGAUCGGGUGUCAUAUUUAGAACGGUGGAAGUUACUUUACAUAAAGAAGGGAACACUUUUGGGUUUGUAAUACGAGGUGGAGCACAUGAUGACAGAAAUAAAUCUCGUCCUGUUGUAAUAACAUGUGUUAGACCUGGAGGACCUGCUGACAGAGAGGGCACAAUCAAACCUGGUGACAGGUUGCUGAGUGUUGAUGGAAUUCGACUCCUUGGAACGUCACAUGCUGAAGCCAUGAGUAUUCUGAAACAGUGUGGACAAGAAGCGACUCUGCUGAUAGAAUAUGACGUCUCAGUAAUGGAUUCGGUAGCAACAGCAUCUGGACCAUUGCUAGUCGAAGUUGCCAAAACUCCUGGUGCUGCUCUUGGGGUUGCACUUACUACCUCGAUGUGCUGCAACAAACAGGUCAUUGUCAUAGACAAAAUCAAAUCUGCAAGUAUUGCAGACAGAUGUGGUGCAUUACACAUAGGAGACCAUAUUCUGUCCAUCGAUGGUACCAGCAUGGAGUACUGUACAUUGGCAGAAGCAACACAGUUCUUGGCUAAUACAGCAGACAAUGUCAAACUUGAGAUCCUUCCUCACCAUCAGACUCGGCUAGCAUUGAAGGGACCAGAACACGUGAAGGUUCAAAGGAGCAACAGGCAACUUACCUGGGAUUCCUGUGCCAACAACCACAGCAGCCUCCUCACCUACCACCAUUAUAACACCUACCACCCUGACCAUUGCAGGAUGCCAGCCUUGAAAUUCCAGAAAACGCCUCCUCAAAAAAACCCUCCAGCUCUGGUGUCUUCGUCCUUCUCUCCUACCUCCAUGAGUGCAUACAGCCUGAGUUCCCUGAACAUGGGGACCUUACCUCGCAGCCUCUACUCCACCAGCCCACGCGGAACAAUGAUGAGGCGGCGAAUGAAAAAGAAGGACUUCAAAAGCUCAUUGUCUUUAGCCUCUAGCACUGUUGGUCUGGCUGGGCAGGUUGUCCACACAGAAACCACAGAAGUAGUGCUGACAGCUGACCCCAUUGUAGGAUUUGGGAUACAGCUCCAAGGUAGCGUGUUUGCCACUGAGACCUUGUCUUCUCCACCUCUGAUUUCAUAUAUUGAGUGUGACAGCCCAGCAGAAAGGUGUGGGGUUCUACAAAUAGGAGACAGACUCAUGGCAAUAAAUGGAAUCCCAACAGAAGACAGCACGUUUGAAGAAGCUAAUCAGCUUCUUAGAGACUCUUCUAUCACCAACAAGGUCACUUUAGAAAUAGAGUUUGAUGUUGCAGAAUCAGUUAUACCAAGUAGUGGAACAUUUCAUGUAAAACUACCAAAGAAGCAUAACGUGGAGCUUGGCAUCACCAUAAGUUCUCCAUCCAGUAGAAAACCAGGGGACCCCCUUGUUAUUUCUGAUAUAAAGAAAGGAAGUGUUGCUCAUAGAACUGGAACGCUAGAACUUGGUGAUAAACUGCUUGCCAUAGAUAACAUUCGACUGGACAACUGCUCCAUGGAAGAUGCUGUUCAGAUCCUUCAACACUGUGAGGACCUUGUAAAACUAAAGAUCCGCAAAGAUGAAGAUAACUCCGAAACCAAUUGCGUCCUCUUGGCAUUUAUUGCAGAUGAACAGGAGAGUUCUGGAGCAAUUAUUUACACUGUAGAGCUCAAGCGUUAUGGUGGUCCACUUGGGAUCACAAUUUCUGGUACUGAAGAGCCCUUUGAUCCAAUAAUCAUCUCAAGUCUUACUAAAGGCGGACUCGCUGAAAGGACAGGUGCAAUUCACAUAGGAGACCGCAUCCUAGCAAUAAAUAGCAGCAGUCUGAAAGGAAAACCUUUGAGUGAAGCCAUACAUUUGUUACAGAUGGCAGGAGAGACUGUCACCUUGAAAAUCAAGAAGCAGACAGAUGCUGCAAGCCCCAAGAAAUUUUCCAUCUCGGGUCACUUAAGUGAGCUGAGUGAUGCUGAAGAUGAAACCUCUUCUACACAGAAACCAAGCAAACUCUCGGACAUUUAUUCUACUACAGUUCCAAGUGUGGACAGUGCAGUAGAAUCAUGGGAUGGUUCUGGUAUUGAUACUAGCUUUGGAAGCCAAGGUCCCACCUAUCAGGCUUCAGGAUACAACUUCAAUGCAUAUGAAUGGAGGAGUCCUAAGCAAAGAGACAAUUUGUCCCCUCCCAGUAGACCACGAAACCACCCGUUUCAUGACAUAGGACUGAGUGAUGAUGAAUGGGACAGACCAACAGCAAGUGGCUUUUCAGGUGCCCACGACAACAGUGAAACUGACCAGGAGGAAAACUUCUGGUCUCAGGCACUGGAGGAUUUAGAGACCUGUGGCCAGUCAGGAAUUCUGAGGGAACUCGAGGACAAGGCUGACAGGCGUCUGUAUUUGAGAAACAUGACUCUCUUGGCAACAAUUAUGUCAGGAAGUACAAUGAGCUUGAAUCAUGAAAAUCCACAGCCUCGCAGCCAACUGGGAAGACAAGCCAGUUUCCAGGAAAGAAGCAAUGUGAGGCCACAUUACAGCCAGGCUGCCCGCAGUAACACGCUGCCAUCAGACGUGGGGAGAAAGUCUGUGGUUUUGAGAAAAAUUAAACAAGAAAUGAAAGAAAUCAUGUCACCAACGCCCGUUGAGUUACACAAGGUAACUUUGUACAAGGAGUCAGACGUAGAGGACUUUGGAUUCAGUGUCUCAGAUGGUUUAUUGGAAAAAGGCGUAUAUGUUAAAAACAUUAGACCAGCUGGACCUGGGGAUCUAGGUGGUUUGAAGCCAUAUGACAGACUUUUACAGGUAAAUCAUGUUCGUACCAGAGAUUUUGACUGCUGUCUAGUUGUGCCUCUCAUAGCAGAAUCUGGCAAUAAACUGGAACUGGUUAUUAGCAGAAACCCACUGGCCUCUCAGAAGGCGACCUCAGAUCAACAAACUUUAGCAGGUGGGGAAUGGAACGACCAAAAUAAUGCCUUCCUUCAACAAACCGGACACACUGCUAGUGUGGAGACACGAGAUCCUACAAACACAAUAUAG